UGCCCGCCCCGGGGGGGGAGGGAUGGCGGCGGAGCGGGUGAUGGUGCUGUUCGGGGACGGCUCGGUGGAGGUGCAUUACGCGGCGGGGUCCCGCCUGCUGCUCUCCCCCUGCGGCUGCGAGUACCUGCACCGAGCGGCGCUGCCCGCCGCACACCGCCCGCAGACCGGCCGCCGGCGGGUGGCCUUCGCCCUCAGCGCCUGCCGGGAAGAAGUGGUGCGAGCUCUGGAUUUCCGGAACCGGUUCUGUUCCCCCCCGUACUUACCCGCGCGGGUGAUACCUGCGGAGAGGAAAAGGAUUCUUUGUAGUGAUAUCUUAGAAAUUAGAUGGCCUGACCCUGCUACGGCUGAUCUGACAAGAUGUAUAGACAACGGCAGGGUGAAGAUCUCAUCGGUAGAUGGUUAUGCUCACCUUUACCUGUCAGAAUUGCAGCAAGAAUUUACAGUGGAGUUCUUAUGCAAAGUCAGCCAGUCAUCUGCAGCAUCCUUACGCUCCUCUCAGAAGAGCAGCAACUACCAAACCAGAGAUCAGUAUGGAAAAUCAAGUAAAAAUUCUGUUGCAGAAACGUCAUUGAAACAAAUGAGAAUAGAGAAUGAGAAGAACGAACAUGGUUGUUCUGAAGGUAGAUACAGAGAACCAACUGAACCAAGGGACCAGAAAGACAGAGGUGGAGUCCCUGGGUUCUACACAAAUUGUUCUUUUGAAUACACAUGGGUUACGCAGUGUUGGUCUGUUUCCUCCUACCCAGAAGAAUGGAAAUACCCUUUGUUGUUGGCACUAACGUGCUACAACUCACAUACGGAUAAGAACGCGGCGAAGGCCUGUGAGAACAACAACCACACAUCUAUAGAGGCUGAUGUAUUAACAGACCCAGGAACACAUGAAACAGUUUCUCGUUUACCUGCAGCUUUGCCACUCAGCUGCAGAGCCCCACAUUUACACAGGUGGACUUUCUGCGACUUCUUUCAGAAUCAAGAUACUGGAAACUAUUCAUGCCCUCAGCUAAUUCAAAUUGUAUGGUGCCAGGGUGUUUUUUAUAGAUUUAUCCAUGGUAGGACAAACAUAACAGAAAUUUAUCCUGGUGAUGGCUCAUUUUUCAAGUCAGAGGGAGCAUUUUUGGGAAACUAUUUUGUACAUUAUGAAAUCCAGAAAGGCACAAAGAAGAGAGAAGAAAAGAUGUAUUCGGUGAACAGCCUGCCUCCUGAUGUACCAGGAAAUCCUUACUCUGUAUCCUCCAUUAUUACUCAGGCAACCAAAAUACUUCAGUACUGCUACAAGACUAAGCUGUCAUUAAGUCAUAACUAUUAUCUCUGCUGCUGGAAAAUGGUACCUGAGACAGACGGACGAGAAAUGUUGCCGGUUUCGCUGUAUGAAAAGGUUGUUCCCAGCGUAGGAAGACUCGUCGUGUACUCAGAUCAUAAAGUCCAUGCUGCUUUUUGGGAUGGGGUGACCUUGAAUAUGGUCUGGGAUUUCAGCUCUUCCUCUAGUGAGAUCCAGGUAAAUGAAGAUGUGGGCUGGUGUAAGUUAACUACUCCUGAUGGGCUACAGCAGUUAAUACAAAUGAGUCACCCUGGAGUCUAUGAAAGGUACAUCAGAACAGCAAUAGAAUGGUGCAGAGGUUUGAAUGAGAGGAAGGAGAUUCCUGAAUACACUGCACACUCUGUAACUGAAGGAAAUUGGUCUGCUGAUGCUGAGCUCGAAAAAAUACAGAGAUUUACCUUUUUAUUGGAUAAUACCAAUGUUCUGGAAGGGACAUCUGCUGCAAAACCCAAUCCAUCUGGUAUUACUGUCAGAAAAACAGAAAACGGGAGCGAGAUGGAAGCAAUCAGUGAAGCCUGCGUCUUGGAGGCUUUGGAGAAAACUUCUAAAGCAAUUCAGGAUAUUGAGUCUCUGCUUGCAGCUGCUGGGAAGUGAAGCCUCACCACGUACCAUGUGAAGACCUGUGUCCCUGCCUUUUGUGGGAGCUGCCCUGGCUGUGGCCGAGGAGGCUCCGAGGUGAAGGCGGAGGGAUGAGCUGCCAUUCCAACACCACAGCAGGACCACACGAAGUCUUAGGAUGCUGCGGUUGCGUAUUGUGGACAGGCAAGAAGAACAGGUGAAACAAUCGAUACAUCAGUGCUGACCUGACAACGCUGCUUUUAGGUGUAGGAAUGCCUUUGUCUGGAUGGAUUGAUUUUGCAGAGGAUUCUGCACGCCACUCGCUCUGCUUAAGUGACUAGGGCCGGGGACACGCGGUUUUAACUGUAAAAACGUGCUUUUAUUCAGAAACUGACACCAAGUGCCGAAUAAAAUGUUUUUCAUAA